UCCAGCAAGGGGGACUAGAUCUGGAUUCCCUUAACAUGCUCAAAACAAAGAAGAAAGGGAGCCCACACUUGUCACGGGCGUGUCCUAUGGAGAGACACCCCAAUCUCAAAGCCAAGGAUUUUGCAUGAUGAAAUAGAUGGAAAGUGAGACAAGAGGACAGCCCAUUUAGACACCUUUCUUCUUCCCUUUCGCUUGAAGGAAAAGAAACCUCUUGAUGUCUUCAUCGGAUGCACCGAUUCCUAUUGAUUGGUUCGUGUCUGAGGAAUGGAACGAGAGGCAAAUAGGGGCUGUUGCACAGAAGCUGAAAGCUCAGUUGUGCCUUGUCCCCCACCCCCACCCCCACCCCCACCCCCCUCAUCACACCCUCAGUUGAAGCUUCAGUUCAUGUCUUUUUUGGCAGCGGGCCAACACACCAACAGUUGCUUCUUUGGGUUGGACGUGUCCUGUGAAAGCUACCACACAAGAAAAUGUCGCCCUUUCAUAUCAGAAUGCCAUCAUGGCCAUAUCUUGACAGUGGCAACACAGGGUUGACAUUUUAAAGUACCGCCGGAGGUGGGAGUCGGCCUCUCCAAAAUAAAGGUUUGGGGCUACUGCCAUUGUGCCCUUUUGCAGCUGGUCUUCCUUCUCAUUAUGGGCGCCACUACUCGUGCUGAGGACUGCGGGUAGUGCGGUGGCAUUUCAGCGGUCGGAGUAAGGCAAGAUUCCUCCUUUGCCUUCUUCUCUUAACGGAGUCCGUCUUCCCCCUCCCCUCCCCCCCUUUCUUGUUCUCCUUUGCUCUUCUAGUUGGGAUUUGAAUCGUCUGCUAGCUUCUCUGGAGCCUUGAAGUAGAGAAGGGAAGGGUGCGUUUCCUCGGAAUCUUGAAGAGUGCUGAUUGGAUUCUGUGGUGGAGAGGCCGCCCUUGUCCGUGGAUUCGCUUCGAAAUCCUCUGCUUUGUACCCUAAAAAGGGAGGUUUGUUGAGGGGAACUCGUGACAGCGACACGCCGGGACGGCGUUUGUGAUAAGUCCUUCGGAGAUCUUGGCCGGAUCGUGGGGACGAGGCUCCUCAUUGCGCCGUCGGAAGUGGCCUUGGAGGAUCAGCAUGAGGGAUUUCCCUUCUUGUUUCGGCGAGAGCGGAAUUCAGGUUUCGGACUCCUCGUCCGGCGGCGCCGUUAAGACCGCGCACAAUCUGGUGACUUACUUCUACCGGGCGCGACGCGGCGGCCGUUCUUGCGUCGUCGCCGUUACGUGGAGCAAGACCCUGAUGGGCCAAGGGUUGAGUGUCGGGAUCGACGAUGGCGAUGGCCAGUGUCUCUGUAAGGUGGACAUCAAGCCGUGGCUUUUUUCCAAGAGGAAAGGGUCUAAGAGCUUGGAGGUGGAGAGUAGCAAGGUGGACAUCGUAUGGGACUUGUCUGCUGCCAAGUUUGGGCCGGGGCCUGAGCCUUUGCAAGGUUACUAUGUUGCGGUUGUCUUUGAUCUACAGAUGGUCCUCUUGCUCGGUGAUCUGGCCAAGGAGGCCUACCGUAAGACUGCCGCAGUCCCUUCCACUUCCAAUAUGGCCUUCGUAGCCAAGCGGGAACAUAUAUCUGGGAAGAACCUCUACUGUACCAAGGCUCAGUUCUGCGACAAUGGGAAAUCUCAUGAUGUUGUAAUCGAGUGUGACACAGUUGGGCUUAAAGAUCCAUGCCUUGAGAUACAUAUCGACAAGAAGCGGGUAAUGCAAGUGAAGCGACUUGCUUGGAAGUUUCGUGGAAACCAGACAAUCCUGAUUGAUGGACUCCCUGUAGAGGUGUUUUGGGAUGUUCACAGCUGGCUCUUUGGUGUACCUGGUGGAAAUGCUGUCUUCAUGUUUCAAACUUGCCCCUCAGCUGAGAAGCUGUUGCCGUGGUUUCAGGGUUUCAAGCAGUCACAAUUGCAAGGUGUUGGCUUUUCAUUGAUAUUACACGCUUGGAAAAAUGAAUAGGUUAAGGCAAGAGGAUACUUUUUACUUCCUUGCCUUUUCCUUGGUGUGCUAACAAAAUUUAGCAUAUUAUUUGUCUUUAACGACGCCAGUGAGCCUCCCAUUUACUUCCUUUUCGUUUGCUAUUUCUCCUGUUUGAGUAGUUGGGAAGAUUCUGACAUAUAUAUGUUUCUUCUCUCUUGUGAGUUCGUGCAUUAUUUGGAUCAGGUUUUAAUGUUGUACUUUUUGUGUGGAUAAGAUAUGUUCCCUGUUAAACUCAUUCAAGAAAUGGGGACUCAGAAUUCCUUUUCUUGCUGAAACUGAGGUGAUGGGCUUGCAUGUCACUCGAUGAAAGAUUUUUAUGAAUGACCCACCUUAUUGACACAUCUUAUUGAAUUAUGAACGAUCGUUUCUUUAGUAAGUCUUAGUUAUUUUUAUCAUUUUUAUGUAAAGUAUGUUUUUUUCAUGUACAUUCAGUAAUUUGAGAAACAGAAUUCACAUUGAUACUAAUACUGAGUAUAUGAGUAUGGAAAUGACUGUUGAUUAGACGAUUGUUGGGUUCUUGUCUGGAUAACAGCUAAAGAAAUAUUUGUCUUCAUUUUUUUGGACUCUGAAAGGAUGCUCCCCGGUUCUUUGAUAAUGCUUCACACAGACACGCCCUUCACUGGGCUUAAUAUUUAUUAUGUUUUAAAAUUGGUAAAAAAUAAUGAGAUAUAUGCAUCACUUAAUAUGUACAAUACCUAUUGAGGUAGUAACGGGGAGAUUGUAUUGCACCAUUGGAAUCAAGAUGUGAGAUCAUCCAAACUGCUGGACUUUUUUGGAUGCUUUUGUGUUGUCAGCAGGUUGAUACGUUGGGCAUAUCUUCUUCAUUCUAUGAGCAUAAACAUUUGGGAUGACAUCUCUGGAGAAUGCUUCUAGGUGAUGGCCCUUCCAUGAAUGAUCAAACCAGUUGACGAUUUUCAAACAGAAACGAACAGCAGGUUGAAGCUGUCCUGAUGUCAUAGUUGGACAGGUAUUAUGCCUGUUUUUCCCAAGAGAGGUAAUUGAUGUGCUUUAGAUAGCUACUACAAAUUUCCCUUUUGCAGUCAGAUUAUAUUUUAGUGGGUUCUGGGAAUUAGCAUGUCGUUUUCAUAUUAUGUCUCAUGUUGGAAGCCUACAGAUUCUGGGUGUUUAUACUUUUAUCAUUUUAUACACCAUAACAGCAUCUGAUUUAGUAUCUCUGAUCACCCCAUUAGAAGCAUACAGAUUGUUAGUGAAUAUACUUUUAUCAGUUUAUGCACUUUAACAAACAUUUUUAUUUAGUGUCUGAAGCAGUUUCCUGAUGUUCAGCAACUUUUGACAAGAGCUGUGCCGGUGAUGUAAUUCCAGCCUAGGUCAAACAAACACUCAGGCUUUUGUUGCUUGAAUUGUCAUUUUUCCAGACGAUUUAAGAUUUUUUCUUCCGUUAUACCAAAAAUCUGCUAACAAAGUCUUUCUUUUUCUUUUUAAUGCAUAUGCUUCCAGUUUUUUGAAGAGGUAAAAGUUGUUAUACAGCACAUUCGUGGACAUAUAUUGGGAGAUUUUGAGUACAGCACCAUUAAAAAGUGUUGUACUUAUUCUUAUUAUGUUACUCUCCCCAAAAAUUUACUGCAUGAUCCUUUUCUAACUGCCAAAGGGACAACGUUGUUUUGUGAUUCGCCUGAAGGUAUGCUUCAAAUGUAUGACCUUUUUCUAGCAUGAGUGUUUUUUCUAGCAGGUCAUACCCUAAAGCAAAUGAUUUUUCCAAGGAACAUGGAUCAGAGUGCAUUUCCAAUUAUAAUUAAAGCUGAAUCUAUAGCGUCAUCAAGGACUGACACCGUAUCAAAAAUAUCAUAAUACAGGCAAACCUUAGUUUUUGAUAUAUUCCAUGAGCACUUUGUGCUAUAUUAAUUACAAGGGAAGAAGUAGUAAUGCUCUUAAAAGGAAAGUGCACUAACAUUUGCAGUAUCAGGUGGUGAAGGACAAAAUUAAAGGAGACAACAUGGAUCAGUAGCUGUUAUUUUUCUGAUUCUUCUGUGCUUUUGGAGGUUGAAGCAUGGAUGUGAUGUGAUAAAUACAAGGCUUCUAUUCUAGUUACUGCUGAAGGUGCAUCUUGCGGGAUUGAACUACCAGCUUAGAGUAGCAAUUCCGUCAAGAUGGUGAUGACCGCAACAUAUAGUUGUGCAGCUCCAGUCAAGCCACUAGCCACAUCAAUUGGCAACAUUUUGUAUAUAAUCCGAAAAAUUUAAAAUUUGUCUGCUGUUCAUACCGGCCAAUGCGUGGACCAGAAUGGUUUCAUAUGCAACAGUGUACCUGCACUCAUAAAUCAGUACCAUCUGGACCAGAGCGAAAAAGGGAGAGAAGAGGGGAGGAGGAGGAAGAAAAAGAGAAGACAAGAGUAACAGGUUGUACCAGUAAGAGGAAACAGAGGAGGACUUGCGCCACAUAGAUAGCUUUGGAUUUCUAUAUAAAUGUGAGACAGGUUGGAAAGUGAAGUUGGAAGCGAUGCAAGAAGUCAAGAAGAUGGACCAGGUUGAGUAGAAAACAAUUGGCGUGGCAACUCGAGACAUUCUUUAUGAUAUUGGACAUCAGCUCACGUGACGCUUGGAGCUAUUCCUGCCGCUGCAGCAGGAGAGAAGGCCAACGCCUCGUGCUCAUCCCAUCGCCGACGAAACCUAUGUGAGCAAUGGCAUAAUAAUUGCCAGUUAAAUACCAGCUUCUUAAUUUAUUUCUGACUUGUUUGGUUGACGCUUGGAAGAGAAGGUAGGCCCAUGUCAUUUGAUGAUUCGAGUUGAGUUGAUAUCUUGCAAGAUUGCUCGAAGAAAAGGAAGUUUUUGCUGGGGUGGAGCUUCCCAUCAUUGGUGAGAGAGAGAGGUACAGAGGCAAGAAAUGACUUUUGAGAAGAGAGGUUGACAGUGACAUGGUACCGAGACAAUAUGUAUGUGCGUGUUGCUGAUGGCUCCGACUGCAAAGGGCUUUCCUUUCCUUUCCUUUCCUUUCCUUUCCUCUCCUCUCUCAUGAGAAGAAGAUAACAUCCUGUCUUCGCCGCUGAUGCUCAUCAUGGGGUGGCUUCGGUCCCUCUUCUCCCCGCUCAAGAAGCUGUGGAUCCGCUUGCAUUCUGCACGCAGGAAGAGGAGGGGGAUAUACAUUCUGUACGAGGACGUGAAGUCGUGCCCGUACGAAGACGUGCAGAUCCUGUGGUCGAUCGUGGCGGAGUCACGCCCGCCCGCCUCCGCCGCUGCCGCCUCCACCGCCGCUUUCGGCCUCGGAGAAGUAGGAGGGGCAGAAGGAGGAGAGAGAGGAAUUAUAAGGUUUUGAUGCACAUACAGUGUACAUUCAUCAUCAUCAUCGUGUGUGUGUGUGUGUUGUGAAGCUCUUCUUUGUGAUCAUAAUGCAUAAGGAAAGAAGAGAGAAGAAUGAGCUGUGUUCUCUCUCUCUCUCUCUCUGCA